CGUCUGUCCAACGGCCGUGGUCGUCGUGCGCCUGGGCCUCGCCGCCCGUUCGCACCGCCGUCCCCAUCCACUUUUUUUUCCCUCCUCUGCGUCUCCUCUGCGUCUCUGUCGCUUUUGUCGAUCCCAUCCUGGUCGUCGGUCUUGGUCGUCUGUCUUGGUCGUCUGUCUCCCCCUCUCUGCUGGUGUCUCCCCUCGUCCAUCGACCCACUCCCCUGAUAUCGCUCGCAAUGAACAGCAUAGACGAGCAAGACGGAGCCUACUCCACCUUCCUGGGCUCCUCCUACCAGGAGUCGUCCUCGUUCCUCUCGAAUCUCCUCCGCAGGAAUCCGUCCUCUCGACGCAACCGCGACGGCUUUGGCGACUUUGGCUUUGGCCAUCGACGAACCCCGUCCAAGCUCAGCACCGAAGUCGCCUCCGGCGCCGGUGUCCACGAUGCCUCGGCCGCUGCUCCUCUGCCAACCAACGCCUGUGGCCGCUGUGAGGGCCGUGGCUUCGUCCACACCUCCAAGAUGAAGCACGACAGCAACGCCAAAACCAUUCGCUGCACAUUCUGUGCCAACUGCGAACAAUGCCAUGGCAAGGGCAUCCUGUUCAACCGUUCGCGAGCCAUCUCAAGCCCAUUCGAGUCUCCCUCACCCACUCCCCCGCCAACCCAAACACGCACCCUGGCCAAACCAAAGUCCUCCUACAAUCUCUCCAAGGGCAAGGCCAUCUUUGUGUCUGUCCCCAACUCGCCUGCCCUGUCGGAACGUCUGCCGCUGGACUCGCCGCCGCCGAGCGCCGGCCACAGAUCUGCCUUGGCCGAGCACGACUGGCCCGUACCAGCCCACGAGGACGACUCGAUCUCGCCCUGUGGCAGCGGAACUACCACGCCCAACGGCACCCUGCUCAAACAAAAGCUGCGACCCGCCGCCAUUGUCGACUUUGCUGCUGUCCGCGAGCAACUCAGUGCGCACCCAAACGUCAGCGUGUUGCGCGAGAAUCUGCCCGAGACUGCGGAGCACGACGACCCGAUCCAGUCCGAGGACGCCGAGGACGCCGAGGCACAUCCCGGCCAUGAGACCUAUACCGUGUGGGUGUCGCCCAAGCGGACGACCAUCCGGAGCUCGAUCUCGAGCCACGCGAGCGAGCGGUACCGGUACACACCGCACAGCACCCCCGGCAGCCACCCGCACUCAAUCCCGCACUCGCCGCAUCCGCUCCAGCACUUCCACUACCCGAGCAACGAGGCCGGCGAGCACGAGGACAGCUGCUCCCAGGAGCCGUUUGGAGCAAGCGAUCCCCAUCGCGGCAGCUCGCACAUCUCGGUGGCCUGGACUCCGUCGCCCAGGCUGUCCAAGCUAUCGCCUCCCCCGUCGGUGCAUGCCAAGGUUUCGGACCAGUUUGACCGCCACGACCAGCUCUCCAACACCAGCAUCCGCUCGAGCGUCGACAUGAUCCGCCGGAUCGUAAAGCCGCACUACCCCUCCAGCCAGCAGUCGAGCAUGAACGGCAGCAACUCGGAUGCCGAGUCGACAAAGUCGCCCACGGCCAGCAUCGACUUUGACGAGACCUUCAAGCAGCAGCAGCAGCAACAACAACAGCAGCAGCAACAGCACCACCACACGCAUACCAGCCGCAAGGGCCAGCUCGGCGUGCACCGGUCCCAGUCGAGCUCCUCGCCGCGGGUCAACAGCGCGUCCAAGUUCCGGACACUGCAGAGCAAGAUUUCGAACCCGAUCAAGAACGCCUUCUCGUCGCUGCGAUUCUCACUCAACCCGCAGACGGUGCCCUGCGUGACCUGUGGCGCCCUGGGAUUCCACCACAUUGGUCCAGGCGAACACUCGACCGAGCACGACAAUGCAUGCCCCGAUUGCCGCCUCUGUCCGCACUGCUUUGGAAGCGGCCAGAUCUUCAGACUGCGUUAGGGAGCUGCCCGGCAGAUCCCCUCACUCGGACGAUGCGCCAUUUCCAGCCGCGACCCGCAUUGCAACAACCCAAGUCAUGGCACGAGUCGGCUCCCCUCCUCCCCUCCUCCCCUCUCCUCUCCUCUCUCCCUCCGCCUUAUCCGAAUAUCGAAGAAAAAUGCGCGACAACCAAGCAUCUAUAGAGUCGCGACCCCACCUAUUAUUACGCAGCCAAGGGAGACGAGAAGAAGGCCUGGAUGGAAGAAUGUGCGAGUCCGCUCUACUUCCCUGCUCAAAGUUGGCUCCAUCCGCCCGCCGCCCAUCUGUCUGCCCUCCUCAACAUACCCGCACCGUUCUUUCUUCUCCCCUCCCCCUCCUCCCCUCCUUUUGAUUCCUUCCCC